AACAAUGACGUCCGUAAAGUUGCCAACAAGGAUAACAAGCACGCUGCCCUAUGACAACUCUGAUGGCAGGCCUGAUGAGUGCUCUAACUGUUUUCCAAUGGACUUUACCUCAAUGAUAUCUCCAGAUCGACUUUGUGACGGCGGCAGAGUGAACUUGUUAAUAGUUGUUUUAUCAUCUGUUACUAACAGGUUGGCCCGGGAAUCAAUCCGCUCCACAUGGGGGUCACUUUGUAACUCAAUGAAUUCUAUCAUUCGCCUCGCCUUCGUCAUCGGAAACAAUUUGAACAAAAAUGACAAUUUCUUACUGUUGGAAGAGAGUGGAAAAUUCAAUGAUAUUAUUCAAGCAGAUUUUCGCGACACCUAUGCAAAUCUUACAUAUAAAACAAUGACAGGAUUAAAAUGGAGCCAUACGCAUUGCUCAAAUGCAAAAUAUGUUAUGAAAACUGACGACGAUAUGUUUAUUAAUACCGAGGUGUUGCCUAUUUUGUUACAAGCUGCUCCGAAAAGAAAUUUCAUGGGCGGUUUUUGUUGGGGACCAAGUUCCCCACAUAGACAGACUUCAUCUAAGUGGUACGUGUCUAUAACACAGUAUAGGAAACCUUUGUUCCCAGCCAUGUGCAGCGGCACAGGGUACCUGUUGUCAACUGAUGUCGUUGGCAAUAUUGUUAAAGUGGCCAGGAAUAUACCAUUCUUUUAUUUAGAGGAUGUUUAUGUCGCGAUUUGUGUUAACAAAUUUGGCGUAUCGCCGGUCAAUCUAGCAGGCUUCUCAAACAUGUUUGUAAAUUCUUCGCCAUGUGUGUACAGAAAUUCCGUUAUAACAUCACAUCAAUUACCGCCAGAGACGUUGACGCGAUAUUGGGAAGAAUCAAGAACUUGUCCUCUAUCGCCGUUGAGUCCGACGCAGGUUUUCCAUAGUCGUGUAGUUUGAUAAUCGACAUAUAUUUAAACAGAAUUUAUUGACAGAUAAGAAUGUCACGGUACCGAGACUUGUUAUAUGACGUAUAGGCGUUCCUGGUACUUUUCUUUUAAUAAAGAAAUCGUGCAAAAAAACGUUUACAAAAAUGCUAAACUUGCUUUUCUCCUCAAAGGCGUCGGGCUCAGGUUUACAUUGUUUUAUGUGAAUGGAAUGCAAGAGUGAAUUCCACUUUGACAGAGCAGAAUAUCACGGUACCGGUCUUAUAUGUGACCGGUGAUGUAUGCGUGAUCAUGUCAGCUCACUCGGUUAACCCAUUUAUGCCUAGUGGACUCUCCCAUCCUUCUAAAUUGGAUCAAUUUAUUUCUAAAGUUAGGAAUGUCUAGUAUAUUUAUUUCUAUAUUUUUAAUAUUUCUCACAGAAGUUCCUUUAAGCAAACAGCGCAGACCCAGACGCUGGGCAUAAAUGGGUACAGCACACGCCUUCAUUGCGACAGGGCCUGGUUUCUUGUUUCGGAGCGGCUGAACACUUGCCACCGCCCGGCGAUACUAUGGUUUGUUUACCAAGUAUUAUUGUGCUCGAAAUUAUACUUUCGUCAAAUACUAAACUCAGAAAAUGGAAUGGUAUUUUUAAGCCAUUAGAUGAUAACAAUGACGUAUUUAAAAACGGUCAAGAAAAAACGGAUUAAAAAAAAUAAUAUUUUUUUACAGUCCAAGGUCGUUUUAUAGUGCCUUAAACAUUAUUUGCUGUAUGUUGUUUGUAUUUUACAUUUUAAAGAUUCUUGAUAUUUCAGUUGUUGUUUUUGUUUUUAUUUGUAAAAACAUCAUGAAAAGAUAUUGUGUCGAUUAGAAUGGUUAUCAAUUCAUAUAAUAACCAUUUUGAUAAUCAAGUAAAACAAUUAUUCGUUUUGCAUAUUAAUCGGGGCAUUUAAAAGAUAGUCUCCACUUUAAGAAUUAUCUAACAACGUAUUGUAAA